GUGGAAUAUUUAUUUCAUACUUUCAUAGCCUCAUAGGAGCGGCCUAGCAAUGCCAAUAUAGGCUUACCGAACAUGGUUUGGUGCUGAUCGCGAGACUUUCGGGAGUACCUAACUUCUGGCACCGGGAGAUCUUCCACCCAGUAAUAAUACCCCCCCCCCCACUGCCUGUUAUUCCACUCGCUCUAUAAAUUAUUUAUAGGCAAUACAAGUGCUACAACGUUGGAUCGACGAAGAAGAACACUGAUAUAUGUGGUGGUUUGUGGUGACGGUGCUGGUGGUGCUGUUGACAGCGUUGAUAUUGCACGCGUGGAGGAAACAACAUUACUGGUAGAGGAGAGGAGUACCCGUGCUGCCCUACCUGCCUCUGGUUGGACAUUCCAUGUACAACAUGAACGUGCUCAAACCUCGACACCUUUGGAGGGAUGAGGAAUACCUCAAGUCUCGCGGAGAAAGAUACGUCGGACUUUACGAUUACCUCACCCCUUCCUUAUCCAUACAAGACCCUCAACUUAUCGUCUCGAUAUGCAUUAAGGAUUUUGACCACUUCGUUGACCGCCGCACCAUUGACCUGACAGGCACAGAUUCUGAGGUGAUGAACGACAUUCUCACCAACGCAACAGGUAAUCACUGGAAGCACAUCCGAAACCAGCUCACCCCCACUUUCACCUCGGGCAAGAUGAAGGAUAUGUUCCACCUCGUCCAGGAACAAUCAACUACGUUGAUGAGCAGCUUGAGACAGCGCAGAGAUGUGAAUUUUCUUGUGGACGUCAAAGAAAGCUUCAACAGCUUCACCAUGGAUGUAAUAGCUUGUUGCGCGUUUGGUCUGGAGACGAAUACGUUGCGUGGCGAAAACAAGGAGUUCAUAGAAAAAGCUGCAAAUUUGUCCAAGCUUACAUUUAAGGCAAUGGUAAAGUUCUUCUCGUUCCUGCUAUUCCCAAAACUGGUUAAGUUUUUGCGAAUUAGUUUGGCAUCUCCUUCCUUGAUUUAUAUGGAAAAAGUGGUUCGGGAUACAAUGGCUGCCAGGAGAAAUGGAGUUCGCCGAGGUGACUUUUUGGACCUGCUGCUGGAUGCCAGGGAGUCGACGAAGGAACAUGAGGGCGAGGUCGAUCCUAAUGGGAUGAAAAAAGGCGGAUUGAAGGACUCGACCAUCGUGGCGCAGUGCAUCCUCUUCAUCCUGGCGGGCUACGACACCACAGCCAACACCCUCUGCUUCGCCGCAGCGCUCCUCGCCCGCAACCCUCAAUGUCAGGCUCGUCUCAGAGCGGAGGUCGCAGCCAGAAUUGAGGAUAACGAGGGCGGCAAACUCACCUACCAGGACGUCAUGGAGUGCAAGUACCUCGACGCUGUACUUAGUGAAACGCUGCGCAUGUAUCCUCCGGCUCAUCUGUUGGAGAGGACAUGCACCAAGGACUACAGCGUGCCCGACUCGGACGUGAAGAUCACGCAGGGCAUGUUCGUGACCGUGCCCGUGUACUCUCUGCACCGCGACGAGCGCUACUUCCCCGACCCCGACACCUUCCUACCCGACCGCUUUAUGCCCGCUACUAAGAACGACAUCCCGUCGGGGGUGUACCUUCCCUUCGGGGCUGGCCCCCGUAUGUGCAUCGCGGAACGCUUCGCUCGCAUGGAGGCACGACUCGCACUCGCUGACCUCAUCAUGAACUUUCACCUCUCAGUCGAGCCGGGGUCAGAGGAGCUCAAAGUUGCUAAGUCGUUUGGCAUCCUGCGACCUGAUCCUGCCAGCCUGAACCUCAUCUUGAGAGACGCGGCAUCCAGCGCGGCCGGUGCCACAGACGCUGCCUCGGGUGCCACAGGCGCUGCCUAAGAGUUCUACAGGCGCUGCCUAGCAUAUUCUGAGUUCUACCUAAAUUCUUGAUUUUCGCCUUCGUGUUUUGAUGUUGCGUCCAGUAAAUGUUAGUAACCAAGUC